AUGAAAUCUCAACCAUUGUAGUAAAUUAACUUAAAUACCAAGCACCAGAAAAAGAAGAGUAUUAAUGGAAGAAAUAUAUAUGAAAUUGGGGGAACCCAAUUUGUUGUCGAUGAGCGCUAUGAAUGCCAUAAGCAAAUAGGACAUGGUGCUUAUGGAGUUGUAUGUUCAGGUGUUGAUUUAGUUAAAAAUAAAAAGGUUGCGAUAAAAAAAAUUUAAAAUGCAUUCGAGGAUCUUAUAGAUGCAAAAAGAAUUGUGAGAGAAAUCAAGCUACUUUAGUUUUUUCAACAUGAGAAUGUUAUCAGCUUAGUUGAUAUUUUAAAACCAGAAUCAAGAACUGGGUAUAAUGAUAUUUACAUAAUAACUGAACUGAUGGAAACAGAUUUGCAUAGGGUCAUCUAUUCCAGAUAAGAGUUAACUGAUGAACAUAUCCAAUAUUUCAUGUAUCAAACGCUGAGAGGAUUGCUCUACAUUCAUUCAGCAAAUGUGAUGCAUAGAGAUUUGAAACCAAGCAAUAUUUUAGUCAACAAAAAUUGUGAUUUGAAAAUAUGCGAUUUAGGGUUAGCUAGAGGUUUUGAAAUAGAAGACGAAAAUAAGACAGAAUAUGUAGUUACAAGAUGGUAUCGAGCUCCAGAAGUAAUCCUUUAAGCCUCAGAAUACACUAAGGCAAUCGAUAUAUGGAGUGUUGGAUGCAUUUUUGCAGAGCUUCUUGGACGUACUCCUCUCUUUCCAGGAAAGGACUAUUUAGAAUAAAUAUAGAGAAUCAUCGCUGUCUUAGGAACACCUUCAAAUGAUGAAAUGAAAUAUAUUACAAAUGAAGGUGCCAUCAAAUAUAUUAAAUCUUUACCUAAAAGAACCAAAUAGAAUUUCAGUACUUUAUUCUAAAAAGUUAAUCCAACAUGUUUAGAUCUUUUAUCAAAGAUGCUGACAUUUAGUCCUUUUUAAAGAUACACUGUUGAAUAAUGUUUGAAUCACCCAUAUUUUGAUGGAUUGCAUUCUAAAGAUGAUGAGCCUAUUUGUGAUUCCGUUUUCGAUUGGUCCUGGGAUAAAAUGGAAUUAAAAAAGGAGAUAUUACAAUCAGCUGUUUAUGAUGAAGCAACAUAAUGGUAAUAAAAGCACAAAAUAAAUACUAAAAAGUUUUGA